GCCCUGUCCCCGUCCCCUCGGCCUGAGCCCCCGCCUCGGCCUGUGUCAUAUCCCUCGCGACUGCGGCUUCUCUCAGCCGCGUCCACCCGCCCGCUGCCGCCGAGGCGCAGGGUCCGCUCCUGCCCCAGCCCCGCUCUUCGCGCCGUGCCUCCCCGUUUGCCUCGGCCCGUGGCUGCCGCCGCGCUCCCCACACCCACAUUUCAGAGCAUCUCUUCGUCUCCCCGCUUUCCUCCGCCGCUUCUGCCCGUCGCCCAGUUAGGAGCCGUCCCUUCGCACCGGUGCCAGCUCUCGCUCGCCCAGCGCUCCUGCCAUCCGGGAAACGUACACGGGCCGCCGCCUUUCCCGGCUGGAGGCUGGCGUCGGCCUUGGGUGCCUGACCCUUGAGGGGGGUCCGCAGCAGCACCAACGGCCGCCGGCCACUCGGGGCAGGGGCUUCGCGCACUGCCGGCUGGCAAGGUCUGCUGCCGUGUGCUCUUAACGCUGUCACACCGCAAAUGAGUGGGGCUGCGUUUCCAUCUCCAGCUGCUGAGAUGGCAGAAAUUAAUCGCCUUCAGUAUGAAAUGGAAUACACCGAAGGGAUCAGUCAGCGCAUGAGGGUCCCAGAAAAACUCAAAGUAGCUCCUCAAAAUACUGACCUUGAGAAAGGCACCGAAGAAGGAUUUGCAAAUGCCAGUGUAACUAUGCAGGUUCCAGAGCGGAUUGUAGUGGCAGGUAAUAGUGAAGACAUUCCAUUUUCCAGACCACCAGACCUUGACCUUCUUCAGUCUACUCCAUUCAAACCACUGGCAUUGAAAACUCCUCCCCGUGUUAUUUCUCUUAGUGAUCGACCGCUAGAUUUUUUGGACCUAGAAAGACCUCCACAGCAAACACCUCAAAAUGAAGAGGUCCGCUCGGUGGGACGACUGAAGAGAGAACGUUCCAUGAGCGAAAAUGCCACUCGACAGAAUGGUCAGCUGGCCCAAAAUGAUUCCAUGUGGCACAGAUCAGAUACUGUCCCAAGAAAUAAAAUGCCACGGUUCCAGUCACCUCUUUCGACUCAGGAUUACACUGUGACACCAUCACUGCAACAGGCUCGUAUCUGUCCUCCCAAUAUGUUACCUGAAGAUGGAACUAAUCUUUACUCUGCUCGUGGCAUUUUGUCGUUUAUCCAGUCUUCCACUCGUAGGGCUUACCAGCAGGUCUUGGAUGUGCUGGAUGAAAACCGCAGGCCAGUGUUACGUGGUGGGUCAGCUGCUACCACUUCCUCUAACCCUCAUCAUGACAACACCAGAUACGGACUUUCCAGCUUUGAUACGACACUUGAAGGAACACCAGAUGACCUGACAGUUGUAGAUGCGGCUUCCUUAAGAAGACAGAUAAUCAAACUUAAUCGCCGUCUACAGCUUCUGGAAGAAGAAAACAAAGAGCGUGCUAAAAGGGAAAUGAUCAUGUAUUCAAUUACUGUAGCUUUCUGGCUACUCAAUAGCUGGCUGUGGUUUCGGCGCUAGACGCAGCCCUCGGGAAGAUUUACUAGUUGAAAACACAAUUUGCAAAAUUAUUUGUUUCUGUUUCUAAAUUGUAUGCUGUUUUAUAAUUCAUACACUGGAAACUUCCACCACAGAUAAAGGCUAUAGAAUUGCAGUGUUAAAGGACCACCUUGUUCAGGUCUAAUGUCUUCGAUAGAUUUGCAUUGCAAAUAGCUGCAGUAUCCUUUUUUGCAUGCUCCAUUGUACACAUGGAUCGGCCAAGGCAACGUUUGCUUCAUGCAGGAGUAACCACUGGAGGUUUUGUUGUGGGAAGACAACUAAUGGAGUAGGUUUGGAAAGAAAAUAAAAACAAAAGAAUCAGAAGUAGUUUUUAUUGUUCUGUUGUUAGAUGCAAUUAAACAUGAUUGCACUAGUUUUCCUUCAGUCUGAGUACUUUGAGGUGUGCCAUAUGCAAGGAGUGUGUCCUGUUUCAUGAGUGUGUUCCUUGUUUAAGCACAUGUUCAGGUCAAACAAUAAAAGGAAUUGUCUUCUAACA